UUCAAGAUGGCAUUAAUCAUCUACAAACAAAUGUGAUGAUCAAUUUAAAAUCUAUUAUAGUAACUUUUGUAUCGUUACGAAUCUGAUAUUAACAUCAAUGCAGCAUUCUUUGUGAAUUUAACAUAAUUCCGUUUUUUCAGGUUGAUGGAAAACUUCACCUUUAACAGCCCCACGCUUCAGCUGGAAGCUUUGAACAUUUCAAAAGCAUUUUUCUACCCUGUCUUUAUCUUCUUGUUGUUCUCCUACCUGUUCAUCAUUAUCGCAAAUGUCGGUAUUGCUGCUGUUAUUUUGUUGGACAAGAGCCUUCACCAGCCCAUGUAUCUCCUGUUCUGCAACCUGCCGUUGAACGACCUGCUCGGUAAUUCUAUCCUGCUGCCUCGUUUGCUUUUGGACAUGUUGAGGCCUCGCUCUGAGCUCUUCAUCAGUUAUUACGAAUGCGUGGUCCAAGCUUUCACCACUCACGUGUUCGGCACCACCAGUAACACCGUGCUGAUGAUUAUGGCCUUUGACAGAUACGUGGCCAUCUGUUAUCCUCUGCAAUAUAAUAUGAUAAUGACAAACAAGAUGGUGAUGAAGCUGACGGCGUCGGCCUGGGGAGUGGCUCUUGUUUUGGUCGGGAUUCUACUUGGUCUGACCCUCCGUCUGAACCGAUGUAGGACUCUAAUCACAAAUCCCUACUGUGACAACGCCUCGCUGUUUAAGCUGUCCUGUGAGAGUGUGUUGAUUAAUAAUAUCUACGGACUCACCUUCACUGUAGUUCUGUUGACAGGUUCUAUCGGCAGCAUGGUUAUCACCUAUACAAAGAUCACAGUCGUGUGUCUCACUAGUAACAGCAAGUCUCUGAACAGUAAAGCCCUGAAGACCUGCAGCACUCACCUGGUUGUGUUUCUUAUUGUGGUUUUAAGCGCGCUAUCAAACAUAGUUCUGCAUCGCUUCCCUCAGUACUCUGACUACAGAAAACUCAGCAGCAUUUUGUUUCACAUUGUCCCUGGCAGCCUCAACCCCAUCAUUUAUGGAGUGCAGUCCAAAGAAGUACAACAUUUUUUGUUCAAGUGGUUUCAGUCCAAGAAAGUUUUGCCAUUAUUAUAAAGUUGAUUUUGUCCGUAAGCAUAACAAGUGCUGAAUAUGCGUAUUCCUUAUCUCUUGUGUAUAAACCCACCUAAUACUACUUCAAUCGUAUGUAUUACUUUUGUGUCAUAGAGAUAGACUUAUGCUGUAAUAUUGUUUGCUGUUCAUUCAUUUAAAUGAUAAUGCACUUCUGCUCAUCCUGAGGGGAGGUUUGAGGGGGGAUCACUUAUUAGUUUCUCUUCCUCCAUUUUUCCCCUUUUGAAACUCUUCUUUAGAGGGGAGGUUCUUCUUUUUCCUUUCAGUCAAAUCCAUAGACAGAUGAUGCUGCAGCAAUUAAAAGCACCGUGGUAAAUUUGUGAUUUGUGACAUUAGGAAAUUCCAAUAAAAUGUCAUUGGAAAACGUCCAAACGUAUGGACUUUUUGUUGUUGACUGAAACUUGGUCAGACCAAAACUGGACGGUCGCGCAAAAUCUAACUUGUUGCUUUGAGUGCGUAGUGAUGUGGAACGCUCAGGUCAAUGUGAACAGGUACUGUUCAUUAUGGUUGAAUAAUGUACUCACUCUCAACCAAUCAUUCUGGCAAUUGGACUGGAGAUGCAGCUUCAGUUCUUCUGCUCCACAUAUCUGGAAGACUUAAAUCCAGAUUAAGGAGUUUUUCUGUUUUUUUUUCCUUUAAUUCACCAUUUCUGCAUUUCAGAAUUUUGGUACUCAAAUGUAUUAGCUCUUUAACGUUGUAUUUUUGAAGGACUAGUUUUCUUUUAUGUUUCAAUCAAUGUUCUUAACUGUUGGUAAAUCUCCUUGCUUGUUUUAAUGGUUGUAUGUGAAGCACUUGUUGAAAUGUGCUAUACAAAUAAAAGUCC